AUGGCGCCGAGAAAAGCAGCCAGUCCGACUAAACCUCGACGCAUUACACGCGCCCGAGCUGCUGCUCCUGAGGCCACGGUGACGGUCGAAGAACCAGCCAAACGUAAGACAUCGGCGGCUGCAUCUCGGCAGACGACGACGCGAACCAAAGCAAUCCAAUCCACAAGCACGAGUGCUCCAGCUGUGCCUACGACAUCCCGAACGAGAUUAAACCGUUCCACGCCCACCACCAAUUCAGACAUACCUACCACAACCCGGACUAAAGCGAUCGAGGCAAAGUCUCGAGUUGGAAAGAAAGACUCAAGUGCGACCAGAGCGACCAGAACAGGAAAACCAGGUGCCACACUUUCCAAUGUCACAGCUGCUCUGGAAACGAUAGAGAGCGGCAGUGAAGAAGAUGAUGGCCUUGCCGAGAAGGUGGCAGGCACAUCCACAUCUAUGCGGACGACGGCCAGAGCCUCGGCGAAGGCUGGACAGUCUACCUUGGCUGUAGCUCCAAGACGGCGGAUUAGAAUCACACCUCUGGAGGGAAUAAAUGUCGAUACAAUGCCCCAAUCAGAAGCAACACCAGAGCCUGCAAAGGAAUCCUCCACGAAAUCGAAGAAGGAGAAGGCAACAGUGUCUAAAUCUACCACGACUCGGGGUAAGAGAGGUGCUGUUCCCGUAAACCGCGUUGAGGAGACGGAGGCGGGUGCCGCUGCAGAGACUAUCGAAGCAGAAUCAAAUCAACGUGGCAGGGGAAGAGGGAGAAAAGUGGCGACGCCCAAGGAAGCUGAGGCCGUUACUAAGACUACGGUCACAGGAACGAAGCCAAGAGGCAGACCGAAGAAGGAGGCAGCAGUCGCUGACCCUCUUGAAAAGACGAAAAUUGCAGAGCCAUCCACCAGACAAACUCGAGCUAGAGGAGGGUCAACCAGCUCUUCUGUGCUCGUAGAACCGAAUGUCCACGUCGUUGCUCCUGCUCGCAAGAAGGUGACCUUCCAAGAACCUCCCAGUGACGAAGAUGAGAAGGAGAACAAGCGUCCUGCGACUCUCACUAAAUCACGAACCGCAAAGAAGCCAGCGACCACCACUGCCAGAAAGACCGACACUACGAGUAGAGGUAUGCGCGCAAAGCCUAUUCGCAACCCAGCAGUCACGAAAUCUACAAAGACUACUCGGCGCGGUGCCCCAAAGCCACCGAUGCAAUCCAUCGACGAGACGGAACCGGAAGCGACUGAAAAGGUCAUGCCCCGGAUUUUGACGCCCAAAAAGAUCACGCAAAUUGCCAAAGCUGUACCGAUAGAUAGCGAGGAUGACGAGGAGGAUGAACUCGCCGGUGCAAAGACUCCUGUUCGCGACCUCAGCCUUUCCCCGCGGCGAGGUAUCAUUCCUUCAAUGCCUCGCUCCGCAUCACCGGUCAAGAAGCUUGAUUUCGGCCCUGUUCUGAACGCAACCUCUCCGACCAAGUCCAGUGCUCCGCCGGCGGUAGGCAUUAUGAGUCCUCCUCGGCGUAUGCCUUCCUCGCCAAACAAGGACUCAUUGAAGGAAUCUCCACGACGCGCACCCGAAGGUAUCACAAUUUUCCCGGCCCAAUUUCAGGAUACGAGUAGUUCUGCGCCAGGUGCCCUGCUUCCUUCGAGCAGCCAUUCUCUUCUUCAACAAUCUCCCAAGCGAGGUUUGUCAGACAAAGUCAUAUUCCCUCCGUCUGCUAUCAAAUCCAGAAAUUCCCCGUUGAAGACUGCCCUGCUAUCUUCACCCGCUCGGCGCCUAUUCUCACCUUCGAAGCAGAGAACCCCUGCUCAGUUUCCGACUUCGCCGAAGAAGAACUCGCCGAUGAAAGAGGCGACUCCCAGCUCUGCAGGGCAGUCCCAGAGCCCUGGAGAUGUCGAUCUUGUAAUGACAUCGCAUUUCAGAUCCUCUGUUUCUCCUCAGCGGAUGGCAAAAGUCUACAGAUUGAGCGAUGAUGAACUGGCUCACGCAUCGAACGAGGAUGUUGACUUCGACCAAUCUGUUCUCAACGUCCGAAGUCCUUUGAAGGUGGACCAGGUAAAACCCAAUGUGACAUGUGCCCUGGAGACCAUCGAAUCGGACCUGGCCCUUGAACACAACCGUGAGGACGACGAUCAUGAUGAUGAAGGCGCUUGCUUAGCACAGACGGGAAAAAACCUUGCUCAACAAUGUUUGAUUCCAGCCAGCGAAGACUUGGAUCGUACGGCAAACCCCAACGUUGACGAUGACGAGACCAUGAUCGAUUCUACAUUUGAAGAGGAGAGCGACGAUGACCAGGAUAUGCUGCAGACCCUUGAAGCAUCACCUAAUCCUGUGUCUGUGUCUGACGCUGAUGAUCAACCACCAGUCUCGAACGAACCUGUUGGAAGACCUCGGCUUUCGAAUGCUCUGUUCACCCGCAUUAGAAGCCACGACGAUGAUUCUGAAGACGAACUUGCGGCGGAUCAGACACCAGACAACACAUUGCUGCGACCGAGCUUCCGACCCAGUCUGACAGGGGCUAACAUUCGUUCACGCUUGUCGACGGGCAACGUGCCAUCGAGCGCUACCAAGGCCCUUGGAGUCACUCCUCUUGCAACUCAAGUUCGCGGAUGGCACGCUGCCAGCCCAGAGAAGAGAGCUUCGUUGGCGGCAUUGGAGCCUACAUCACAGAAGCCUUUCUCCCCUCUUGCUCGAAUGCACGUUAAGGGAACCGUGGAAGUCAGUAGACAAGCUACACCGCUGCGACACGGUCACAAACGCAGGUCAGUGGCGAGCAGACUGUCAUUUGCUCCGUCAAUGGCUGGAAGCCCCACUGGACCAGCAUUCUUUGCAGAGAGCAUGGAGGCCAAGGACUUCGAAGAUCAAGUCGAAGAUCAUGACAAUAUUGCAACCCGACAUGACGAGGACCUCCACGGCCUUGUCCAGGAGGAUGUUUUAGCACCUCAGCUUCCUACGACUGAGAACCAUGAUGACGGCGACAGCGGGGAAGAAUCUGAAUCGCUUGAACAGGAGCCUGGCGAACUGACUACUGAUCUGAUCAACUUCACUCACGCUUCGAACACUGCCAUGGUAGAUUUCAAAGAACUUGCCAACGAGGCUGAGCAGCUCGCUGACCCAGAAGAGGAUGUUCAGCAACAGCGUGAGACCAUGGUGGGUCAAGAUGGGUACGACCGCGUGCCAGAACUUGAGACAAUGGAUGAGGAGCAGUCCUUGUUGUCCACUUCCUCUGAUUUCUAUGGAGACGAAAAUAUGGCUCCUAUGGAAGGCGAGCAUCCAUCAGCCAUGCCUGAGCACCAUGCACAGACAGAACCCAGUGACUUGAAUGUCGAGCUGAAUUCUCCGCUGGGGUCUCGACUUGAUCAGGACAUGGCAAAGAAUCAUCAAGACACACCCGGCCGUAAUCAGCCGAUGGAAGUUGCUGAACAGCCAGACGGCACUGUCCUCCACACUACUGAAUCCAAUAUGUCGACGGUUGCUGCCCUAGCUCCAGCAUCGACGCAAGGUAGCUUAGACAACGGCGAGGACGUCGUCGUGGACAUGGAUUUCAACGUCACGCCAGUUCGACCUGAUCCAAGCCUCCCACGGUAUGUCCACACCGUGUCGAAAGUACCACUCCGUCCUGAAGGUCAGAUACCAUCCACAUUGUCGCCGCUCAAGGGUCAGAGAAAGCGGCCAAGAUCUCUUUCAUCGUCGAACUCGGUGUCCGCCAUCUCAUUCGGCACCAAGAGACGGAGCCUUGGCGAGCAAGCAAAUGCACUGGCUCCCGCUGCUGGGCUUCUUGGAUCACUCAGAACAACCGACGAGGUGAGGUUGUCACCUCAGAGAAGGAUCCGCAGCGCAGCCCCUAGUCCGGCCCAUUCACUAGCCAGUCAGCCAACUACUCCUGGCCAAAUGAGCUUUGCAAUUGAAGAUUUUGGAGAUAGCACACUGGAUGGAAUUGAGCUACCCAGCGAUGAGCUGACAUCUGACGAAAUCGAGGCCCAAUAUGUUGCAGAGCACGAAUCUGCAAGAGAUGAGGAAGAAGACACCGUCAUUACGAUUGGCUCUGCUUUGUUCAAGACACCAAUGGUCCCAUCACAGAGAUGUAGCCUUGCACUCUCGUCUGUCAAAUCGAAUCAGACUGCCACACCUCAUUAUGCCAUGAGCACCCAGUCGAGCAAACGCCGUAGCAGCAUCGCUGCUAACGAACCCCCGUCGAGGAUGACUCCUUCGACAACCAAAACCCCAGUGACCUCCAGCAAAGUAAAGACGCCGACUACUUUUCUCAAGAGCAAGACUGCAGCAAAGAUGGCCCAGACAAGCCGGCCACCUCUUCAGGCGAUGAGUGAAGGGAUUCUCAACGGCGCCGUUGUGCACUAUGAUAUUCACACUACUGAGGGUAUGGAUGCAUCCGGUGUCUUCGUCGAUUUGCUUACGGCUAUGGGUGCUCGCUGCGUCAAAGAAUGGAGAUGGAAUCCCAGAUCAAGCGUUACGGCCGGGUCUGGUGCUUACCAGAAUGAAUCUGAUCCAGCAGAGACUCCAAAUAUCGGCACCGGUAUAACACAUGUUGUGUACAAAGACGGAGGCAGACGGACGCUAGAAAAGGUUCGCUCCGCUCAAAACCAAGUUUUGUGCGUAGGUGUGGGCUGGGUGUUGGACUGCUACCGCGAAGGCAAGUGGCUCGAUGAAUCAGCUUAUGCCGUGGACUCAAGCAUCCUCCCUCGUGGAGGUUCGAGGCGACGCAGAUCUAUGGAACCCAGAAUGCUGGUCAACGAAAACGGGUUGCUUUCUACGACAAAAGAGAACAGACGGUUCACAUUUGGCGAUCAUCUGGGUUUGACGGAAGCGAUGAAGAUGGAUCUAAUCAAUACACCCGUGCGAGGGCGGCAAGAGCAAGAGCCUGCCCAAUGUGAACAAGAUAAUGAGCCUUCGGAGGAAGUGGACGUCGACGCACAAGGCGAUGUCGGGGAGGAGACCGAGACCUCCUUUGACUCCACUUACCUAUAUGAUUCUCCCGCAGCAGCUACUGUGGGAGAGGACGGGCAGACCGCGAAUGUUGGCUUUCUCAUGUCUACCGCUGCCCCGGGCAAAGAAGGACAGCUAGGGGAGAAUGGAGAGGACUAUUCGACUAUGAUGAGCAACACACCUCUCUCUGUUUCGGUAUCGAAGGGCAGACAGGGUAGGCGCGUGUCAGCAGCAACUACCCCCAAAUCAACUUCACUGACCGUGGACUACGAUCCGCGCACGGCAGCUACGCCCAUGACGCCGUAUUUUCUGGCUAAAGGGAAGGGCAAGGGCAAGGAAAUGGUCCCUGCGAGUGCGCCUCCGAAACAGCUUAACAAGGGCAUUUUCGACCAAGAUGAUAGUGAGGAAGACGGCGAGCCUCGCGUGAGCAGUAAGACUCGGCAAGCAGGGAAUGGAAACGGACGCAAAUUCCAGGUCAAAACGACCAGUCGUCAUGGCAAUGAGGACAAGGCUGGAUCGUCGAAACCUGUGGACGCAGCUGCAAGACGCAAGACUCUCGGAGGGAAUUUGAAUGUAGGACGGAGGCUGGGUUCGGGAUCGGGCUUCAAGCCUUUCGUGGGUAGUCCUUUGAGGAAGGAGUAG